AUGUCUUCUACCACAAAGAAGUGCUCUGGCUGUAAGAACAAUUUGCCAAAAAGGGAACAUAUGGUAUGUGUCACGUGUAAUCUCGGGUACGAUUUAUUCUGUGCUAAUAUAACACCUAAAUGCUUCUACCUUAUGGAUCAAGAGCGGAAAAAUAAUUGGAGAUGUCAGGAAUGCUCUAGUAAACAACCCAAAUCCGAUAAUAUAAAUACACCUGUGCGCACAACAUAUCGUCCCAUGGUAUCUGGCGAUGAUACCAAUGUUGAAGAGGAGAGUAAUAUCACUGUACGGACAAAAAAACAGCGCUCUAAAUCCGAUACCAACGAUUCCUACAUUAAAGAAGAUUCGUUACGUUCAAUAAUAAAGCAGGAGAUAACUGACACCAUCAAGCAAUUGGUUUCUGAACACCUAACAAAUAUCGCGUCCCAGGUGACUGGCUUCCACGAAUCUCUAGCAUUCUUUAGUAAACAAUAUGACGAACUUAUGCAAACUGUGAAGGAAAGAAACGAAGUAAUACAGAGUUUAAUUCAGAAAAAUGACAAUCUAUCGUCGCAGGUAAGGAGUUUGACAGAGAGGAUAGAGCAAAUAGAGCAAAACAUGCGUGCUCCUAACGUCGAAAUCAAUGGAAUCCCAGAGCAUAAAUCGGAAAAUCUUCUAAAAACUAUAGAGCAGCUGGGAUUUGCGAUUGAAAACCCCCCUCGGUGA